AAAUGCAAAUAGGCCAUGAAUUAAAAAAGAAGAAGAAGAAGUUUUGAUAUGAUGUGUAUUUGCUGUCAUUUUGGUGUUUAAAGUACAGCAAGAACUUUUGGACUAUGAACUUUUGAAUUCUGAAAUUUCUCGAAAUCACAAAAUACAAAUUAUUGUUGUUUGUAAAUUAUGGAGCAGCCGUAUAGAAAAGCUGUGCUUAAUCUUUAUAAAUCGUUGCUGUUUCUUGGUAGAGAGUGGCCUCAAGGUUAUGACUUGUUUAGAAAAAGAUUACAUAAAGUUUUUACUAAAAACAGCGAAGAAACAGAUCCAGAAAAAAUUAAAAUAAUGAUAAAACAUGGGGAGUUUGUUGCCAAAGAAAUUGAGGCCUUGUAUAAAUUGAAGAAAUAUAGAACAAUGAAAAGGAGAUAUUACGAUGAUAGCUCCUGAGGUAAAAUUUAUAUAUUUUGUAAUCGGUACUUUUAUAUAUAUUUUAUUCAUUUUGGUUCAAGUUUGAAUCAGGAAUACUUAAGAAAACUAGGGCCAUUUGUAAAGAAAACAGGAAUCAGUGACAGGAUCUAUAUUAAACACUUUAAAAUAAUUAAGCACACUU